AUGAAUCCUCGCAUGACGCAGGGUGCUGCCUGCAAUACAGACCGUCAGAUCGACUGCGCCUUGUCUGUGAUCAGUGCUCGCGUGCUGUUGUGUGGCGUUUGCCGAUAUUACGUGCGAGUUCCGAAGCUGGACACUUUAAACGUCUGCUGGAGUGGCCGCCUGGUGUGUCGCAGAUUCGGCAACUUGCCCAUAUUCCUCUGGUGUUUACUCGAUCAUGGUUCAUCAGGUGUUGAUCCAGACGGUGUGUCAGUGAUGGAGGGAGAUUCAGUCACUCUAAACACUGGUGUUCAAACAAACCAACAAGACAGAAUUAGAUGGUAUUAUAAUGACAUUCGCAUCGCUCAAAUCAAUAGAGAUCAGAGUAAGAUCUGUACAGAUGUUCAGUGUAAUGACGGUAAUAAGAGAUUCAGAGACAGACUGAAGCUGGAUCAUCAGACUGGAUCUCUGACCAUCAUGAACAUCACUAACACAGAUGCUGGAGUUUAUCAACUACAGAUCAGCAGCGGCAGCAGCGACAGUGAAAAAACCUUCAAUGUUAUUUUAUAUGGUGUUUCUGCUGCUGAACGAGAUAAAAUAAAGAGAAAGUCAGUGAAUGAAGGAGAACCUGUUACUUUAUACACUGGUGUAAUAAUAAAUCUGAAUGAUUCAAUAGCGUGGUAUAUUAAUGAGAUUCUCAUCGCUGAAAUCUGUGAUGAACCCAGAAAAACCUGUACAGAUGUUCAGUGUGAAGAGAGAUUCAGAGACAGACUGAAGCUGGAUCAUCAGACUGGAUCUCUGACCAUCACACACACCAGAAACACACACUCUGGAGAAUAUAAACUGCAGAUCAACAACAGCAGAUUCAGCAUAAUUAGGAGCUUCAGUGUUUCUGUCACUGCUGUUCCAGAUGCAGGUUUAUCUUCAGCUGCUGUAGGAGGAAUAUGUGCUGCUGUUAUUCUGCUUGUGGCUGCUGCUGCUGCUGUGAUUUACUGUCUCCACUGGAAAUCUAGGAAAAGGAAAGCAAGGCAAAAAGGAAACAGGACACCGCGAGAUGAUCAUGAUCAGGACAAUGAUGUCAAAGAAGCAGUGCCCCUUAAUCAGAGGACUGAGACUCCACAGAUGGAUGAUGAUAAUGGGACGUCCCAUAAUGAGACUGAGACUGCACUGAUGGAUGAUGAUAAUGAGACUGAGAUUCCACAGAUGAGUUGA